CCAUCUUCACGCGUUUCCUUCUCCGCGAAGACUCCACUCUUUCUCUCCAUAAAAAUCUCACCUUUCUCUCUUCGAGUCUCUCAAGCUCCGAGAUCUCAGCCCCCAAAUCCAAUGGCAAUGGCGAACCAUGAAGAAGAGGCUCGCCCUCUCCUCUCCGGAACCCCUGCUGUCGCCGACGAGAAGCUUCCCAAACCUACUCCUCCAGUUGCGGCCUCUGCUCCUCUUGUGAAAGCGAACCCGGCGCCAUGGACUGCCGAUGGGUUGCCGGUGUCUCACGGGAGCGUCAUUGGCGAGCCUGCAGCCCGUGCUCAGUGGGACUCCAGCCUCUUCGCCUGCCUUGGCCGUAACGAUGAGUUUUGCAGCAGCGAUCUGGAAGUUUGCCUUCUUGGAAGCUUUGCUCCUUGUGUUCUGUAUGGCAGCAAUGCAGAGAGACUUGGAGGAGGCCCAGGCUCUUUUGCAAAUAACUGCCUGCCAUACACUGGGCUGUACAUGCUUGGGAAUAUGUUCUUUGGUUGGAACUGCCUUGCCCCAUGGUUCUCUUAUCCUAGGCGUACUGCUCUUCGCCGAAAAUUCAAUCUUGAAGGGAGCUGUGAAGCAUUUUCAAGAUCAUUUGGAUGCUGCCAUGGCAUGCUCCAGGAUGAAGUAAGACGCGAACAAUUGGAAUCGGCAUGUGAUCUUGCAACCCACCUUCUUUGUCAUCCAUGUUCCCUCUGCCAGGAAGGGCGAGAGUUGCGCCGCAGGAUGCCUCAUCCCGGUUUUAAUGGUCGGCCCAUUCUCGUUAUGAUGCCUCCGACCGAGCAGGCCAUGGGCCGUGGAGCCUAAAAUCUCUCCUUUUUUCUCCAUGUAAUGAAUAUAUGCAUAUGUUUGCUGGGCUGUGAGUACUGAAAAAACUAUGUUUGUAGGCAUAUAUAUAUGAAUCUUAAACACAAUCUAUAUUUGUUUGGUAUUUGUGGUUUGAGUGAUUUAUUGUGUCUUACUGGCUAUUGAGUAUAUAAGAUGAGGCACCUGUUUUGUUAGUGGCUCUA